ACAUUUUUCAAUUGCAGCUUAAUUCAUGCGCUUCUAAAAGUUACAUUUGUCUUUAUUGUAUCAAGUUUACCGCAAUACCACAACACCGUGAACACAUUUGACUGGUUGUUUCCACAAAUAACAGACAAAGUCAAAAGGGAGGGAGCCUGAACCUGAGCUUACAUAUAACCAGAAACUCCUCCUGUUACCAGCAUGUUUUGGAAGAGACAAAAAGCCUCUAGCUUCCUACUAAACUGCCAUCACAACAGAGACCUUGUGAGAGCUGAAAUACUUUUGACGGUGACACAAGAUAUAUCAGUGGUUUACAGCAAAACAACGUGAAGAUUUUACAUCUAUUUUAGAAUUAAACAACAGCAUCAGGAUGUCCAACAGCAAAAAGAAACCAACAGCAGCUUCAACAUUUUACAAUGAACCAGUGAUGGUGGAGGAACUGUACACUGGAUAUCUGCUCAAGUCCCCGGCUCAAUCAGCCCUGACCAAAAACACGCUGUCACAGAUAUCAUGGAAGCGUCGUUUUUUUGUGCUCUCCAAGACGAUUGAAGACUCCUACCAGCUGACAUACCAUGUAAACAACGAAAGGAGAGACAAGCCUUUGGGAGAGAUAGACAUUUCUAAGAUCAGCCUGCUGUUCACUGGCCCUGAGACACAUCAGAAGUGGGACUGGAUCCAGAAAAACUUCAAGUGCUCUCCAUCCUCUGUGCUGUUCUUGAAGGUGGAAGACGACACAAUAAAACACUCGAGAGAAUAUUUCCUCAUUGGAGAAAACAGUGCUGAUGUGGAGGGUUGGCUCAGUGCCUUAGUCAAGGUAAUAAAGACCCAGAAAUCAAGAAAUACCCUUCAGGAAAACAGAUUUCGAUCAGCAUCUGAACCUGUUCAGAAUCCAGAAGAAAAAGCUGAGGAUGAGUCUGAUGACAGACGGUCAGCGCCUGAAUUGAUGCUAACUUACCCGUCACCAUACAGCCAUUAUGACUAUCCUCGCAAGCUCAGUGAACCUCCACUACCAGUAGAGCUAAAGGUUGAUGAGGAUGAAUAUGAUGAGGAUGAGAUGCAGGAUGAAUCUGCAGAAGACAAUGAAUACAUGCCCAUGGCAUCAUUGCAAAGAGCAUUGGGAGUUGACAAACAAGAGACAGACAUUACAUGCAAGCAGAAAAACGCUUCCAUUAAUGGUCACAAGUCCUCUGUGUGCAGUGGUGCAAUCGAUCAGGAUGAGGAUGAUGACUGUAAUUGGAAAAUGCACGUACAUGUUGAGAAGGAGAUCUGCGUUAGUCAAAAUGAUCUAAAAAAUAGUCUCAUUUUGACUCAGGCAGAAGGCAAACCAUGUGUCUCUGACUGUCGGAUGCUUCAGGACUCGUGUCUCUUUCAUAAGGGGGAUCAGAUCCUUGCCUUCAAUGACCUGCUUAUAGACACAGUAGAAGAGAUUCAGACAUAUGUAAGAAGACUAAGCAAGGAUGAGGUAAAACUCACUAUUCGGCGGCUCAUAGGAUCUCAGCCUCUGCACAGCGAACCCUGCCUUUCAUAAUGAAGACAAAUCUCAUGUGAAUUCAUCAACAUCAAGAUAUUAGAAAAAAUUAAAGAUUAAAGCUUAUUCGUUUGAGUCUAAUCCUACAGGUUGAAAACAAGGUGUUAAUGAAUAGAAGAGAAUUCAGGUUAUCUAAAACAACUUGUCCUCUUUUGACUGUAUAUUAUUCAUGCAAAUAUGUAAAGCAAGGUUAGAUUUUCUGAUCUUAAAAUGCUACUUGGUGAAAAAAAUCUGUAAGAUUUAGACUAUGUUAUGCGACUGGCAGUGGGUUUAUUAGUUCACAUCUGUUAAUGUGAAGAACAAGGAUCAAAUAUUACUUUAUAAUAAGUAGAAUGGUUAGUUCACAUUAAAAAAAAUGCAUAGUUCAAAACGGUUUAUGUAUUUUUCCCUCUUUAAAGAUGCACUUUUUUACAAUCCUAACAGUAUGAGGUACUUUAUAUAUUGUGAAAUAUACAAAUUUUCUGUAAUUGUGUAUUUUGUUUUGCAAAGCAUUUAACCAAUGAUACUGCUCCUAGUCAUUAUGAUUCAAAUGUUUCAGUCACUGUUUAGAUCGAUGUUUACCGAAUAACAUGUAUCCUAUUUAACAUAUACAUGAAUCACGCUGUACAAAAGCAUGUAUUUGCACUUUUUUUACAAUAUGAAGUAUUAUUAAACUUAAAAAUAUUGCAA